CACCUGCGAUGCAAGCUUAGCAGGAUACCUGCGUAGAUAGCAUAUGUUAGGUUUCUAGCUCGUCCGUACUCCAGGGAUACCCCCCGGGGCUUCUACGGUAUGUGCAAUAUGCAGCCAAUGCCUAACACAGAGUUGCAGAAGUACGCUUUUAACCAUUUUCAAAUGGCUAUAAAGAUGGCUGAACGGCACCAUAGAGUUCCAUGCUUUCUUCUCCUCUUACUGACCUGGACCACAAGCUUAGUGGCUUCGGCAGACGGGGCAUUCUGCCUUCCAUCAGUUUCCUCGUGCUGGCCGACUACAAAGGCAUUUAACGCCUGGAGAGCUUCGCUUGGUAACAACACCGAUGUUUAUUUCCCAGACAAGCAACCGGAUAUGUUCCUUAGCAAGUCGGUCUCCAUGAACCUGCUGAAGAGCAACUAUCCUGGUAUCAUCGUGGUACCGGCAACAGAGAGGGACUUACGGUUAUCCGUGGCAUUCGCCUUCGCCAAUGGCAUCCGCGUCGUAGCCAUGUGCUCUGGCCAUGAUUUCAACGGCAGGAGCACCGGACGCGGCAUCAUGCUCAUAAAGACAGACAAGCUCAAGUCCAUCUCGUACGACGCGACGGCCAAGACCAUCACGUUUGGCUCCGGCAACAUGCAUGGGGACAUCUACUCUUUCCUGGCACCCAAAGGACGCGUCUACGUGGGUGGCCAGUCCAAGACGGUGUGUCCCGCAGGGUGCCUUGCGGGCGGCUGCCACGGCUUACUGUCUCGCCAGUAUGGUCUGGGCAGCGACAACAUCAUCGAAAUCCAAAUUGUGCUGUACAAUGGCACAGCCAUCAGGGCAAGCAAGACGCGCAACGCGGACCUCUUCAACGCCUACUUGGGUGCAGGCCAGAACAGCUUUGGUGUUGCCCUGUCCUUCACAGCCCGCACCUUCCCGGCCCCUCCCGCGGUUUGGGAAAUCAAUGUCGCCCUUAAUAUUGAGCUCCCCGACCAGCCUGGCGGCCCUAACGUGCUUAACACCUUCAUUAUGAACGCCACCUGGUUCAACAGCCUCCCGCUGGAGCUAGCUGGCAACAUCCAUAUCACCGGGUCCACAAUGCUGCUCAACCUCAUCUACACCGGAAAGGACAGCAACGCCGUGCAGGCUUCCCUGGGCUCGCUAUUCCGCUCUCCAUUUAUCACCGGCGUCGAGGUCAACAACUACACCGACGUCUACCAACUCGCCCUGAACUCCUACCCUCCAUCAUCCGAAAUCUGGCAACGUAAGUUCAUCGUAAACGGAUUUGUGCCACCGCAACAACCUCUUCUCGAUGGCGUGGCUGACAUCAUCAUUACCACCAAGCCGGACAUGUGGUUGUGGUUUGUGUACGGAGGUGCCGUACGUAAGGGCACUGUUGGUUCCGUACCGCCUGGAAUGCGCGACGCGAUGUACCAGAUCCUAAUCGGGACCCAAUGGAAUGACCCCAACGAGGACGAGCAGUACAUGGCGGCGCUGGAGAUGUUUGUUCCUUCAUUGUACGGCACUGUGCCGUACUCGUACAACAAUGAGUAUACGAGCUGGGGUGAUAAGUACGGCGUUGUGAGGGACUGGAAGACCCGUUUCUUUGCCAACUAUGAUAGUCUGUUGUCGGUUAAGGACAAGUACGAUCCGUGCAACUUCUUCACCGUACAAUACGGUGUAGCAUCGGAUCUGCCGAAGGCUACAUGCAAGGGCGGCAGCAAGAAGUAGCAUGUUGGGGAGUGUGCGUGGGGGCAUAUGUGCGCCUUGGCGUGUUGCUGCACCGGAGGUAUCCACUGUUGUCGUAGACUCGUAGCACGAGGGAGAUCUGCUGCAAGCGUGAAUUUUUACAAGGUGUAAUUGUUUUAUCUCACCUGAUGGCAAUGUACUGAGCAUUCUGCUGUCGGUCGUACUGCAUACGUACCCCGCUGGCUGUUUGUUGGACGAUGGUGUGCAGUGACACAUGAUUGAUCGUCGAGAAGGGUUGAGGAAGCCUGUGAACUUGCGUCAGAGGACCGCUUGAUGAGGCUUCGUGCGAUUUGGUGAGAGUAAUGUCCCGUGUAUGUAGUGAGAUCGUUUGGACUUUACUUUGUUGCGAAUUUCUUUUGAAUUGCGAGUGAUUCAAGCACUUUUAUCCUGCCUUUAUGCUCGUGAAUAAUGCUGGUGCAUAAUACUGAGUACAGUGCUCGACAAUUGGAACUUCUGUGCAUUGAGAACUCAUCGUGUAUCUUUCGUAUUCUCGAUCAUUGCCCUAGUUUCACGUGCAAGACGUGAUCCGUUGAUACUCCGUUCGGUUGGUUGCACACAGUGCGGUUUGCCUCAGUGACUCAAUGACGCUGCUGAUCAGAACCAUGUAACGCCACACAGGCUGAUCUUGCAAGAGUGGUGUACCACACGUGUGCCCAGGUGAGUUGCGCACACGUGUGAGAGGGAGGAAUGAGGGAAUGUGACAC